AGGUUAUCGGGUUGUCUUAUCGGAUUAUCCAGCCUUACAAAAUGUGUCUACAGGCACUCUGAAUACCUACAUCAAUCGGAUGGUCCGCUGGUUGCGACUACGGCUCCGUAUGCUCCCGUUGGUCGCCGGCUUGCUAGAGCCUUGCAGUGAAGCAGUCACUGUGGGGGUACUUUUCGCUUUGUCCGUCAACUACCUCUUUGAUGUGCCAUUUUUCUAUCUGGUGUUGGGCCACUUUAUAAUAUGGCUCGCUCUGGAUUACACGUUAUUGCGCUUGGUACAGCAUGGUCCUCUUCCGCUCUCCGUACCCAAAUUUCUGCUGGUCUGGUUGUUCCGCGAGAUGCUUGUUUACGUAAUUUUUUUGAAGGCCAUCACCAAUCCGUCUGCUAUCACCUGGGGUAAGUAUUCCUAUCACGUAAAAAUGGGCGGGUUGACUACACGAAUGGCGCCUUCGUCCGCAUUACGUGACCUUCCUGAGGCCAACGCUUGCCCGACCCGCGUUGAUUUCAACAAGCCUGGCAACGCGUAUGCGCAUGUGGCAAGCAACGAUCGAUUCACAUGUGUAGUCAAUGAAGACCCCUCUGCAAUCCCGCUGAACUCUUUUGCAUCGGAUUUACCUAAGAAUCACUUGGAUGUUUGAUCACUCGGUAAUUUUGCAUUGGAAUUCCUAUUCGUUCCAUCGUUCAAAAUCCCUUCCUUCCACAAGCACCCCAAAGAUGUGCACCCCUCCGAGAUAUAUGUACAGCCUUAUCGGUAGCUCGUUUUUAAAUUUAAAAACCGCGCUUUCCUUAUGCGCCUGUCUUUCUUUUCCUGUGCACACCGAAUAACCCUGCUCUCCAUCGUCCAUUCAGUCGAAAGCACAGGAGAUGAUGAAUAUGAUUUGCUUUUUAUUUUUUACCAACUGUGAUGUAUUUGUACUGUGAUCAAAUUCACUUCGCUGCGUGUUUAUUUACUUCACCCAUGCAGAUAGAGCAGUCAAUGGCCGCGGACUCCUGUCCAUACUUUCCUAAUCAUGUCGAAGUUUGUAUCAUAUCUUAUACUUGGCAGUGCAACAUAUCGUUUCAUUUAAAUUACCCUAAUAACAACCACUUGACUCGGUUGGUUUAUUUUCCUCUUUUGACCUUAUACACCCCGAAUCCCAGCGACGCAACGGCAUGAGGAUGCGGUCCACUGUCGGUCACGUUAUUUUUUCUCAGUCAAUAUUGUUCUCUUCGCGGUUGUCGUGAAUGUCAUCCUGUUUGCGCAUUCCUGCGAACUUUGUCCAGUUGGGUGGACUCCUUAUUCUAUCGCUAUCGAUCUGAAGAAACUGCAUUGUACAAACAUCCAACGCGCACACGCGUUGAAGCACAUUUUAAG